GCGUUUUAGACCGUACAGCGCAGGCGUUGUCCGUGGUAACCCAGUCACCUUAUAUCAGUACGUUGUUCACCAAAAGCCGCCUCCGCUUCGGUCCGCUCUUCUCUCUCCCGGCCAUUAAAGGGUCUGGGGACCAAGCAAGCACCCAGUGUAGCGUUUGGCUGUCUCCUCUCGUUCGCCCUAGCCUCUCAUCCCUUCUAGAUCGAAGUCAGACGCUGGGGCCAGAAGUCUGGGAAAACCAGCUCUUUGAGUACACGCCCCCUCCACUGCGAAGAAGGUGUUGGUUCCCAAUGAAAGUAGUUCGUCGGGUUCCUGUAACCGAGAAAAUUUGGCCAACUUAAUCCGUGUAGAAACGCUAGUUUGGGUCUGGAAAACCCAGGAGUAAGUGCAGAUUUGCUACUCCUUAAGGACCUGGAGAGGACUCCAUUUCCCAGGACCUGACAGCGGUGAAGUCCUGGUUGUAAUUUAGAAAGACGGCCAGCGUUUUAGAAGGACCGCCCUUGGCCUUGGCCUGAGACCUGAAAGCCGGUGGGAUUGCCUGGGAAGCCAUGGAAGCUACUGGGAAAGAGGAAAUCAGGUAAAGGCCCAGUGGUCCUGCAGGAGCUGAAUCCAGACAGCUGGGGAUGUGUUGAAGAUGAAGCUGUGGACAAAAACAUUUUCAAAGAUUGCAGCAAGAUUGCUUUCUACAGGCGUCAGAAACAGCAGCUGUCCAGGAGAUCCAUGUAUCAGGCAUCACUAGACUCAGCCACAACAGGCAAAGACAGCACCAAGUUCCAAAUCAUCAAUGAAACAACCAAGCCUGUUUGCAAGUUUUCACCAGAGACUCCUCUUCUGGCAGCAUCUCCAAGGAUGCAGGGAUAUCUCUGAACACCUCCAUGAAGUUACCCCUUGCCUUUGCCUCUAAGCCUGCAGAAGUGGCCAUGAACAGGCAGCUAAUUUGGGAACUACCCAAACAGUCAGAAGCACACCUGGACAGGCUAAAUUGUCCUUGGGGAACAGGCUAAUGCCCAGCGUGAACUUGCCAACAUUCUCUGUAGAGAAUCAGUGCUUGCAGUAAACCAACUAGCUGCAACAGUGGAAGGGGCAAUAGUGCCCUGUGGCAAUUAACGAACUCUUAGACAGUCUUCUGAAUCCUGGGAGAUCUUGAUCACUCUUGUAGGCCUUUUAGAUGAAUUGUUCCUUAGAGUAUAGUGAAGACCCUGGUGCCAGAGGAAAGGCAAGAUCUGCAUCCAUCAAGGAGAAAUUGACGGGGUCAUAAUUUCCAUUCCUAAUACCCACUGCCAUUUUAAUAUGUGUUCCAGGGCUGUUCUGUUAACUCAGUCACAGUCUCUACUGGUUGUGAUUCCCAGUUCUGGGUAAAUAACAAAUGUUGUUUUAAUAUAAUUGUGAUCAGUCCACUACUUGAAUACAAAGACAAGUCUGUUUCUACCACCAUGGUUUUUACAACCUGAUAUUUUUGCCCAUGUGGCCAAAAAUAACAACAACAAUAAACUAGAUUUAUGGAUGACAGACUACUAGGUUUUGUUUUUAUUAAGUAUGAAAGAAAUCAGAUAGGAAAAGAGAAUUAAUACUCUUUCCCAGACUAUGAGAAGUGAGCCUCUGAAUAAAGCUUUAUGAAAAACCAAAUGGAGAUUUGUAGUAUUAAAAGGAACCUCUAAAAUGGAUUCCUUUCUUUUGAGGAUUUAUCUCAUUUUCUCUGUGUAGGUGGACAUUCGCAGAUUUUAAAUAUUUUUAAAGGCGCAAACUCCAUACUGUGUCAUUAUUUAAAAUGCUCAGUUACAUGUUUCUUCACUUGUUUUACAUAAAUCCAUCUUGCUGCAAUUUGAGUGUAACUCCUAGUUUACCAGUUUAAUUAACAUAUCUUUUUAUUGUCAUUUCCAGUCAUCACUAACAGGAGGAAGAGAUUCCGUCAUUUAUUUGUAUAUUACUUUUUCAUAAAUGUCCAGACAGGGUUCCUCUUGUGGCUGAAGUUUAUGGUAUAGAGGGAAAUAUUUUCAGGCUUAAAAUCAAUGAAGAAACUCCCCUGAAACCCAGAUAUGAAGUUCCCGAUGUCCUCACAAGCAAGCCCAGCACUGUAAGGUUGAUUUCAUGUGCAGGGGAUGCAGAUAGUCUGGUACUGGCAGAUGGAAAAGGAGAUCUGAAGUGUCAUAUCACAGCAAACCCAUUCAAGAUAGAUUUGGUGUCUGAAGAAGAGGUUGUUAUGAGCAUAAACUCCCUGGGCCAAUUGUACUUUGAGCACCUGCAGAUUCCUCUCAAGCAAAGAGCUACCAAAGAAAAUAAGGAGGACACAUCAGUUGACACUUCUCAGGAAGACCAAGAGGAUCUGGGCCUGUGGGAGGAGAAAUUCGGAAAAUUUGUGGAUGUCAAAGUGAAUGGUCCUGCCUCCAUUGGUUUGGAUUUCUCCUUGCAUGGAUUUGAGCAUCUCUACGGGAUCCCACAACAUGCAGAAUCACACCAACUUAAAAAUACUAGUGAUGGUGAUGCUUACCGUCUUUAUAACUUGGAUGUAUAUGGAUAUAAAAUACAUGACAAAAUGGGCAUUUAUGGUUCAGUGCCUUAUCUCCUGGCCCACAAACCAGGCAGGACUCUAGGCAUUUUUUGGCUCAAUGCCUCCGAAACACUAGUGGAGAUCAAUACAGAGCCUGCAGUAAAGUACACACUGACCCAGAUGGGCCCUGCUGCAGCUAAACAAAAGGUCAGAUGUCGAACUGAUGUGCACUGGAUGUCAGAGAGUGGAAUCAUUGAUGUUUUUCUGCUGACAGGACCUACGCCUUCUGAUGUCUUCGGGCAGUACUCAUACCUUACAGGCACCCAAGCCAUGCCCCCGCUCUUCUCCUUGGGGUACCAUCAGUGCCGCUGGAACUAUGAGGAUGAGCAGGACGUAAAAGCAGUGGAUGCAGGAUUUGAUGAACAUGACAUUCCUUAUGAUGUCAUGUGGCUGGACAUAGAGCACACCGAGGGCAAAAGGUACUUCACUUGGGACAAGAAAAGAUUCCCAAACCCCAGAAGGAUGCAAGAGCUGCUUAGAAGCAAAAACCGUAAGCUUGUGGUCAUCAGUGACCCCCACAUCAAGAUUGAUCCUGACUAUUCAGUGUACGUUAAGGCCAAAGAACAGGGAUUCUUUGUGAGGAAUCAUGAAGGAGGAGACUUUGAAGGGGUAUGCUGGCCUGGUCUCUCCUCUUACCUGGAUUUCACCAAUCCCAAGGUCAGAGAGUGGUAUUCAGGGCUUUUCACGUUCUCUGCUUAUCAGGGAUCUACUGACAUCCUCUACAUAUGGAACGACAUGAAUGAGCCCUCCGUCUUUAGAGGGCCAGAGCUAACCAUGCAGAAGAAUGCCAUUCAUCAUGGCAAUUGGGAGCACAGGGAACUUCACAACAUCUAUGGUUUCUAUCAGCAAAUGGCUACUGCAGAAGGACUGAUACAACGAUCUAAGGGGAAGGAGAGACCCUUUGUUCUUACACGUUCUUUCUUUGCUGGAUCACAGAAGUAUGGUGCUGUGUGGACCGGGGACAACACAGCAGAAUGGAGCUACCUGAAAAUUUCCAUCCCUAUGUUACUCACCCUCAGCAUUACUGGGAUCUCUUUUUGUGGAGCGGACGUAGGCGGCUUCAUUGGGAAUCCAGAGGCGGAGCUGCUAGUGCGGUGGUACCAGGCUGGAGCCUACCAGCCCUUCUUCCGUGGCCACGCUACCAUGAACACCAAGCGGCGGGAACCCUGGCUCUUUGGGGAGGAAAACACGCAGCUCAUCCGGGAAGCCAUCCGGCAGCGCUACGCCCUCCUGCCCUACUGGUAUUCUCUCUUCUACCGCGCACACGUGGCUGCCCAACCCGUCAUGAGACCUCUGUGGAUAGAGUUCCCAGAGGAAUUAGACACUUUUGGUGUGGAAGAUGAAUACAUGCUGGGAAGUGCUUUAUUGGUUCAUCCAGUCACAGAACCAAAAGCCAGCACAGUUGAUGUGUUUCUGCCAGGAUCAAAUGAGGUCUGGUAUGACUCUAAAACAUUUGCUCUUUGGGAAGGAGCACGAACUGUGAAGUUCCCUGUAGCCUUAGACACCAUACCAGUAUUUCAGCGAGGUGGAAGUAUAGUACCAAUAAAGACGACUCUAGGAAAAUCCACAGGCUGCAUGACUGAUUCCCCAUAUGGACUCAGGGUGGCCCUAAGCACGAAGGAUUCUGCCAUGGGUGAAUUCUAUCUCGACGACGGCCAUUCAUUCCAGUACCUCCACCAGAAGCAGUUCUUGCACAGGAAGUUUUCAUUCUUGUCGGGUGUUUUGAUCAACAGUUGUGCUGACAAAAGAGGUCAUUAUCCCAGCAAGUGUGUGGUGGAGCAGAUCUUUGUCCUAGGCCUCAAGAAGCAGCCAUCUUCUGUGACCACCCGUUCAUCUGACAAGUGGACCCUGCACUUUCUGAUGGAGGUCAGAUAUACUGGUAUCCAGAGGGAGCAAGGCCAUCCUGCUGCUUCUCAUCAGCUGGGCUUUCUGCAAACUAUGGUAAAGAUGAGCCUGUGGCUUUUACAUAUUGUGCCCAAAUGUCCACCCUGCAUCUGGAGAAGCUCUCACUGAACAUCGGGGCUGACUGGGAGGUUCACAUCCGAUGAUGGUGCCGUGCACUGGGGCGAGCACAGGAAGCAGCCUGCACCUUCCAGCCUUGGCCUUGGCCUGUUCUGAGAUCUGUGCUGCAUGCUAAUUGAUACAUGCUAAUUGACUUCUCUGGCUGAAAAUUAUCCUUAAUUGAUCACCAGUUUACUAAUGAGAAUAGAUUUCAGGUUUCGCAUUUUUAGAGGUACUAGUCAUAGUCUUUGUGUCAAAUACUACUUCUCCUAGAUGCAAGUAGCCAUGAGACAUUUAUAGAGUUCAUUAAUCUUCCACUGCUUCUUCGACCGUGGCGCUGUGGUAAAUGCCGGGGCCCAAUGAGUAGCUUCUCUUUGAGCACAGCUGGAUGGGUUGUUUUUUUGUUUGUUUGUUUGUUUGUAAGGAAACUCUACCCCCAACGGGGGGAUUGAACCCACAACCUUAAGAUCAAGAGUCGCAGGCUGUACCAACUGAACCAGCCAGGCGCCCCUGGAUGGGUCAGUUAUAUGUGAGAUGUGGGCCAGCCCCACCUUGUGUGGCCCAUUUGUGGAAGCUUGCCUCAGGCCUCAUGGCAGAGUCAGGCUGGCUACAGCUACUGAGUUACUCAAGGCCUGCCUCCAAGUGGACAGCAGCCUCUGGUAACCACCCCCCCCCCCCCCCCCAGUUAUCUUUCACCUGCUUAGACGUGAGCAAAACAACCUUUUUCUGCUUGCAACAGAGUUUCUCUCCCCUAAAGAUUGACUCGGAAGCACAAAGGAUUCUUUUCCCUGUCAGGCUUUUUGGGCUUCAAAGUUCCUAAUUAAUCUUCUUAAAAUCCUUAUCUUAAUUGCUUUUAUUAAAUACUGUUUACUAGCCACAGAAUAUUUGUAACAUGAGUAAGCUAUAGCUUAUAAUUAAUUAUAAAAUGAAUACCCAUGUCCCCACUACUGAACUUCAGAAAUAGAACACAGGGCUGGGAUGAGGGUGAAGUGAGGUACUUGCCUUGAUCAAAAAAUUCAAGGGGGUACGAAAAAAUGCAAUCAUCAAAAUAAAUGACAUUUUAAUACAGUAUUUUUAAAAAUCAAAAUCCAUGCAAAAAAUAAUGAACAAAAUAUCAGAAUUUUAAAUAAAGACAGGAUCGGUAUUACUGAGGUUUCCUGUUCCCUCAGCUCCAGGACGGCUUGGCGUGGGCUGGAACGUUUGGACACACCGGCCCCUCAGGGUGCUUGCCGCUCUGGAGCCGCCAGUGACUCCCUGCUGCCUGCCAGCCCAUCUGCGGGCCGCCUCCUGUCCUCAGCGCUCCCAAACCAAUGCACAUGUUCACGUGUCCUUCACUGAGCAGCUUGCCAACUGCCGUCUCUGUGCCUUGUGUUCCCUGGGCCGAGAUACCCACCACCUUCCCCCCACCUCUGCAAACCUUACCAUCCCUCAGGCCCGACUCAAAUGCCACUGUUCCAUGAAGCCUUUCUAACCACCCGAACACGCCCGUGGCCCUGUCCCCGUGAGCAGUGAUUUUGCCCAUCUCCGAAAUGUUGCUCCACUUACAAUGCGUGUUCGACUUCGCAUUCUCAGGGAUGGCCCCUUAAUGUCUCAGUCUUGUCUGUCUGUUCCCCUGUGACACUGUGUGUUCCUUCAGAGCAUGUUGUAUUUGCCUUCUGUCGCUCAGAGCAGCAUUACACUUGGCUUUCAGUAACUAUUGGCUACAAGUGGUUAACUGAUGGAUUUGAUUGAGUAAAAAAUGAAAUUGAAUGUA